AUGCCUGCAGACAUGUCCGAUGAUGAGAUUCCAUCUGACGGAUCCUCUUCUCCGAUGCCCAUCUCACCUCGUGAAGCUAAGGGAAUGGAAAAGACUAUCAUUACUGAGGGGAGUGGCUGGGAAAAGCCUAAAGAUGGCUAUGAAGUUUUCGUGAGCAUGAAGGGAAAGUUUAGUCGGGUGUUGGAAGAUGGUUCAGAAGAGGACGAGGUUUUGUUCGAUCAGACGGAAGGCGAUGAAACAAGAAAGUACGUCCUUGGUUCCAACGUUCCUUGCAAAGGGCUUGAGGCGGCAAUGUUGCAAAUGAAGAAGGGAGAAAAGGCACUUGUUAAGUUGCAACCAGAAGCUGCAUUUGGAGACGAAGGUCUUCCUGACAAGAGUGUUCCUCCGAAAGCUCGUGUCACGUAUGAGGUCGAACUCAAAAGUUGGCACAAGGUCGAAGAAGUGAAGAAGACACAUGGAGCUGUCAAGGUCUUGUACCUCGAGGAAGGGCAAGGGUACGAAAGGCCCAAGGCGCAUGACAUCGUCUUCAUCAAAUAUAAAGCCAGGCUUGAGGAUGGAUACGAAAUCGGAACUCAGGCUAUGGACACGGAAGAGUCGACACGUAUCUGUGUAGAGGACUUGCAGCCUGCAGGGCUCCGGCUUGCCGUCCAGGAAUUGAAGAGAGGAAGCAAGGCAGUUGUCACCGCCAAGCCAUCAUAUGCGUGGGGUUCGGAGGGAAGCAAAGAUCCUGCAGUUCCACCCGACGCAACGAUUUUGUUUGAUGUCGAGCUGAGCGAUUUCCACACGGUGGAAGAUGUCUGCAAGGACGGAGGAAUCCAGGCAUGGAAGAAACCGAAGAUCGGUUCGACUUGUGUGAUCUCCUUCUCCGCAGCCGUUGAAGGAGGAGACGCUUGGGACUCUCGUGAGUUCGCCUCGGGUCAGGGUCUCAAGGUCAACCUUGGAGAGCUGAAUUCCGAGCACGAAUGGCUCACCGAUGGCUUUGAAAGAGCUCUCGAGCAUCUGGUUGCAGGUCAAGAGGCAUUUGUGAAGAUCAAGGCCAAAUACGCCUUUGGUGACCAAGGCUAUGGCGACAAGGUGAAGGCUGGCAGCACGAUCGAAUACAAAGUGACGUUGGACGAGCUCAUUGAAGGAAAGAGCACAUAUUCGAUGUCUUCAUUGGAAAAACACGAGUUCGUGAACAAGUAUAAAGAAGUUGGCAACCAUUACUUCAAGCAAAAUCAGAAUACACGAGCUCUCCGCUUGUACAAGGCUGCAAUGGAACCUGUGGAGUAUCCUGAUUCCGGUCAAGAUGACGAGGAAAAGAAGGCCGCCAAACAGCUCAAAUCUGCAUGUUUGCUCAACAUGGCAGCCUGUAAUGAUAAACUAGAGGCGUGGUCUGAAGUAGUGUCUACCUGUAACAAAGUUCUCGAGAUGGCAGACAAUCCCAAAGCCAGAUUCCGUCGUGCAAAAGCUUACAUGCAUCUGGGAAGAUUGGAGGAGGCGAAAGAUGAAUUCGUCAAACUGUCAGAGCAGAACCCCGAAGACAAGGCUGUUCAGCAGCUCCUUGCCACCACCAGAAAGAGACAGAAGGAGCAAGAUGCCAAGGCAAAGUCGGUCUUCACCAAGAUGUUUGGGUGA